AUGAUCAACGAUUGGCACCACUUGCUCUGUUGCGUCGCCGUGCUCCUGACGGUGAAUGCGGGCGCUGUGCGGGCCGCUGAUAUGCCUCAUCUAACGGUUAUCGUCACUAGGGAGCCCUACAAGAUUCAGGACACGUUUUUCUAUGAGUUGCUCAGCCAGAUCUCGCGCAUCAUUGAAGUGCAAAUUCGAUAUGAGGCUGCGGGUUGCUUGCAGAACCACUCGAUGCACGCAAAAAUGGGCUACUUGUUCCUCACAAGCGAUCUUGAAGCGACUCGGGCACCGAAGUGUUCCACAUUAUCAAUUGCGACUCUAUACGAAACCACUGAAGACCCCGACACCAUCAUCACCGUCAACAACAACGGAACGGCAAGGGUUCCGAUGACCGAUUCCACGAAUGAGGCUGACGAUGACACAAUGAUCUUGAAGCCGGAAAUCACGACAACCGCUGCCUUCAACAACACCAGCAAGAAGAAGGGGAGUGUGGAAACACUUCGAGGCAAAAGAACAUUGACGGGACAGCUUACGAAUCGACGCGUGAAACGAGCCGAUGCCAAGCAAUCGAAUCUUUGGGUGGCCAGUCAGAAUGGGCUCUACAUUGGCAAAGGCGGUGAAAUUGUGCAUUUGUCGGAACACGACGUGAAAGCGCGGCUCUCCAACGAAAUCAAAGCCUUCAAAGAGCAGUGGACUUUGAUCGGAAAAAUUCCCGAAAAAAUUGAAGAGAAAGGUGGCUUCACAGGCCUCACAAGAGUACAAGGAUUUCCCAUCUGGCAAAUCAUACUCCUCUUUUUGGCCAUCGUCUUCAUCAUUAUCAUUGCCGCCAUUAUGUGCCACAAGUUCCGGGACACGAAAAAAAAGCUCAAGGAAUCCGAGCGAAAGUUAAAGGCGGAAAGCCGAAAUCGGGUCGAGAAUGCGCGUUGGGAGAUCACGAAAAAGUCGCACAAUGUCGAGGAACCGCCGAGGAAGAGCAAGAACAAGGUCAACGGAUCGAUUGAACCACGACGACGGGCUUCGGCCGAGAGAAUCGAGGAACCGGUCACCGCGCAGGAGUUCGUCGCAAUCAUGCACCGAGUCAGUGACUUCAUUGCCACUCACUUCUCCUCGCCGAGCUUCUACGAUGCAACAAGUCAAAAUCCACCCGGCACCCUGUUGAAGAUACUGCCGGGACAAGCGCCUGAGCAACCGGAAGAUUUUGACCAAAUCGAGGCCGACAUUACUGGAUUGAUUCUGAGAGGAAUUUCGCAUAGGCAACACCCGCGCUUUCACGGUCAUCCAAGCAACGGCCACUCGUUUACCUCGAUCAUUUCUGACACGAUUGCCGCUGGAAUUGGAUUGACUGAACAGCCUGAUGUCUCCGGGCGAAAGCAACUCGAGAUGUGCGUCGUGAAUUGGUACGGACGAGCGCUUGGUUUGCCAGAAGCCUUCCUCUAUCAAGGAGCCAUCAAGGAAUCUCCGGGCGGUGGCACGAUCAUGGACAACUUCACGGUGGCUCUGCUACACGCAAUCGUGGCGGCUCGUCAUUGGAAACUUGGACAACUUCAAACGGCCCUCUCGGCUAUGAAUUCGGCGACGAGUGCCCGGGAAUUCUCAUCCCGACUUGUUUGCUAUGGAAACAGAACUCAUACCAACUUCGAGAGCGUGUGCACAACGGUAAACAUUUUACACCGAAUCCUACGCCCUGGCAUCGACAAGGAAUACGCAAUGGGAGGCGCAGAGCUGAAGGAACAGAUCAAGAAGGACCUCGCCGAGGGCCUCGUUCCGACGUUUGUUGUGUGCACGUACGGCAGCGGUGAUGUCUACUCGUGGGACGAUCUCAAAGCGAUUGCUGUGGUUGCUCGAAGAUACAACUUGUGGCUUCACGUGGAUGCGGCAUCGUGCGGUGUGGCUUGGAUCGAUCCCUCGUAUCAACCGAAAGGCGUUGGUAUUGAAGACGCGAUGUCGGUGUGUGUCAAUGCUCCACGCUGCUUCCUGAACAACUCAUCGCCUUGCAUCUAUUGGACGCGUGAUCAACGACAACAUUGUUUGCCUUUCCGCUCGGCAGAUAACUCUGCGCUCUUGACAUGGACGAUCAAUAAGGACACGACUUUCAAGGGGCUUAAGUUGUGGAUCGAUAUGCGCUUGUUUGGUGUGCACGGACUGCGAAACUAUGUGAACAACCUCAUCGACCUCACCGCUCACAUGGAGGAAAUGGUGACGAGCCGGAUUCCACAACUGCGCAAGUUUUCCGCUCCAAUCAGACGAGCCGCAUCGACCGAGAAGCCCCUUCAGCGGAAAUAUGUAAAGAUCGCCUGCCUUGUGCAGUACUAUGAGCCAAGUCUCUCCAAGGGUGAGGUGAAUCGUAUGACGAAAGCACUUGCCAUGUACAUUAUCGCCUCUCGACGACUCUACGUCGCGCAUCGAACGUUUGAUCAACAUCACUUCAUUUAUCUCUCGGUGGCGCACGAAAAGGCUAAUCUGGAGGAGGUGAAAACUUCGGUGGAGAUUUUGGAGACCCUCGUCAAGGAGUUCGUUGCCAAAAAAAAUGAGAUUGCCUCGUCGAUUCUGGACGCUGAGGAGUCUGUGGAACUGCUAGUGGUCGAGUCAAAACGCGAUUCCCAAACCAUUCAACUACCAAUCACAAAGGAGCGUCUCCCAUUGGAAGUGCUGCAACAAAUCGGAAUGGAUAGUGGAGCGUUGAAGAAGAUCUAUCAUGGUGAUGACACGUCGACGUGCAGAGAAUCGGUCCCGCAACCGCUACGUGUCUCGUUCUCGCUUCCAUCACCCAGCAGUCGUUCUCAACUUACUCCGAAAGUACAGGGGUCGAUUCCAAUUGCAAUGCCACCACUUCAGCCGAAAACCUCCAGUCAACCACUCGUCGUCUCAACUCCAUCAAAGGCAAAGGAUGGUCAACAACAGUCGCUCGUUCAAUACCGUGGUGUCGUGAUUGCGGACUCGUCCUCGGCUACGCCUACGCCAAGCACGCCCACCGCCACCACCGAGGGAAAUCCAACUCACGCCGGCAAGAGCAAGGAUUCGAACGUUUCUUCAGCAUUGGGUGGAGCGGUGCCUGGCAACGACACUUCGCCAAACCCCAAGAACGACACGAAG